ACCAAACAAGAGCCAUUUAUAUGUGCAGUGAUGCCAGGAGUAGCUCUACACAGGUUGAAAGAACAAAAAACAAUACAAAAAGAAGUACUAAUGAUUAAAGACGUGUUCUGGAAGCCUUCAUCGAGUGCAGUCAAGUGCAAACUGUUCAUUCUACUUUCGGUUUUCCUCUUAGAUAGAAACUCACCGUCAAACGCAACUAUGAACUGUACUGAUCAAGCUGUGAGAUAUAAAGCUCAAAACUUGAAGGAAGGCCACCAAGUUGCAGGCUCUCACACAAAGUUGCUGGGGUGGGAAAGAGAAGAGGGUGGAUUCAAGAUUGUGGUGGACUUUGGAGGCAGGGUUUGGGUUCGUUUAUGGAGAGGUGGAUUAAAAAAUUUUGAUCAAGUUUCGGGGAUAGUUUUUAGCAGGAAAAGAUGUAUGUGUUUGAUUUGGGUUGUUUAAAAUUGUGGUUUUGAUUAGGAAAUUGAUAUGUAUUUGUUGUUUUCUUUACAAUCUCACUCUUUGUUUCUGCGAAAUCAAUUCAUUUCAGUUGUUCGUAUAUAUAUGCAGGAAAUAACCGCCUCUGUUGUAGGAGAUUGAUAUGUAUUUGUGUUCUUAAAACAUUAUUAAUUUGAUGUAUGAUAUAUACUAUUUUAUCACUUUCAUCAAAUAGUAUCUCAUUUUGGUUUAUGUUGAUCACUGUGAAUUCCUUUUGUAAACCUAAAAUGUUCGCAAAUUGAAAAUCUAUAACAUUCCCAAAUUUAUAUGUUUUGUCGGUAAACCUUACAUACAAAAUGGUUAACAAUAACAAACCCCCGCGGCAUAGCGCGGGCACUAUUUCUAGUAUUGUUGCAAUCAGCAUAC